AUGGCCGCCUCGGAUAACGACCAGUAUGGCUUCCAUGACGAUGCCGGAGACGAUCAGUCGGUCCUGUCAACGCGUGGCAUCGAGGCCUUCGGGCGCAAGGUCACCACGACAGCAAGCCAAUUGAUGGCACCUCUCUCCGACCAAGGGAACACCAAUCAUCACCACCAUUAUCAUGGCGCCCUGGCCGAAGUCCACAAGCAGCUGCGCCGGCCGACUAUCCAGCGUAGCAUGUUCUCCAUGACUAAGACAACGCCUACAGACAUGGUCCGCUCCAAGCUGUCCACGACCGAGAUCCAGCAUCGCGCUCUGACCUACUUGCCCGACGAGUUGCUGGCCAACAUCCCCGAGGGCGACAACUCUUACUCCCUAUUCCAAGGCUUCAAGGCGAGCUUUCCCGACCUGACCGAAGAGGGCAGAAAGCAUCGACGACGUAUAACGAGAGGUAGGAAGAUGCUGGAGGACGCAGAGCACGUUCCCGGCACACCGCAGGAGCUGCAGAACCUCAAGAAGGAUAAGGCCUCGAUGAUGCACGAGCUGGAGAUGCUGGGCGUUCGCAAAAACAUGGCAAGCAGCGAGAUUCGCGAUAUUGACAACAAGAUUGCCAACCUGCAUGGCAUGCGACGCAUCAUCCUCGACAGGCUCGCAAACCUGGAGCAGGACGAGACACUACUGGAACAUGACCUUAUGGACGUCGAAGCCAGACUGGAAGAGGCCCAGGAUCUCGUCGACGAAGCCGAAUCUGUCGCGAUGAACACACCCACCAAAACCGAGGAAGACCUGGCCGGCGACCAGGACGAAACCGGGUUCAUGUCACAAUCCGUCUACGAGAAGCUGCCAACGGCAGCUGGCACACCUGCCGGUACGCCAGCGUCUAAGGCUAAGAAGAGGGUGGUCCGCCGGAAAUCAAUGCCGAUAUUGCACGAGCAUUUUGAGGCCGGCACCGCCAUCAGGGAAAUCCGCGCACACCAGGACACGAUUACGGCUCUCGAUUUCGACGCACCUUUCGGAACAAUGGUUACGUCGGCCAUGGAUGACUCGAUCAAAGUAUGGGAUCUCAAUGCUGGGCGAUGUAUCGGCUCAUUGGACGGACACACGGCUUCGGUUCGCGCACUGCAAGUGGAUGACAACUUCCUCGCCACCGGAGGCAUGGAUGCUACGAUCCGACUUUGGGACUUGAGCAAGGCGCAUUAUGACCCGCACGGCAGUCAGUACGGAAGGGACGAGGACGAGGACGGUAUUGCAUUCGAAAACCCCGAUGACGGCCCCGUUGAGCCUCCCGAAGGAAGCAUGAGAGACUGCCACCUUUACACCUUGCAAUCUCACGUCGACGAAAUCACGGCCCUCCACUUCAGAAACGACACACUCGUUUCUGGCUCGGCAGACAAGACCCUGCGACAGUGGGAUCUCGAGAAGGGCCGCUGCGUCCAGACUCUGGAUGUCAUGUGGGCGGCGGCACAGGCUUCUGCAUCUCUCGGCAGCGAGAGCUCCUGGAGGCAGACAAACCGAGCGCCCGCACAACAAGCUGACUUCAUCGGAGCUCUCCAAGUAUUUGAGACUGCUCUUGCAUGCGGUACUGCCGAUGGAAUGGUUCGCUUGUGGGAUUUGCGAAGCGGACAGGUCCAUCGGAGCUUAGUCGGACAUACGGGGCCCGUGACGUGUUUGCAAUUCGACGACGUCCAUCUCGUUACUGGCAGUAUGGACAGAAGUAUUAGAAUUUGGGAUCUCCGUACAGGAUCCAUUUAUGAUGCUUACGCGUAUGACAAUGCCGUUACAAGCAUGAUGUUUGACGAGCGCAGGAUCGUCAGCGCCGCCGGCGAGGACGUCGUGAAAGUGUAUGAUAAGGUGGAAGGUCGCCAAUGGGACUGUGGCGCGGGUAUCUCUGAGGCCGAGGAGGGCAAGACGCCCGCCAUCGUAGAGCGGGUACGUGUAAAGGACGGAUACCUGGUCGAGGGGCGACAGGACGGCAUUGUAGGAGUAUGGACAUGUUAG